CCAAUUUUUGACCCAAGCAGGUGAGACACUUCGAAGUGUCAGCUCUUACAACAACUGCUGUGAAUAUAACAAGACUUUUUUGCAAAGUUGGUCUUAGGACUCCACGGGGGAAACAAACGCAGGAAGAUGGACCCCCCCAUACUCCUUCUCCUAUUAGCAGGACUUCUGGGAACAGCAUCGACCGCCGACUCGACAACAGAAACUUCACCGCUGGUCAACAUGACCUCACCGCCACCUGUCAACAUGACCUCACAACAACCUGUAAACAGAACAUCACCACCAGUCAACAUGACCUCACCACCACUCAAUGCCACCUCACCGCCUGUCAGCAUAACCUCACCACUCAUCAAUAUGACCUCACCAGCCGUCAAUAUGACCUCACCACCACUCAAUGCCACCUCACUGCCUGUCAGCAUAACCUCACCACUCAUCAAUAUGACCUCACCAGCCGUCAAUAUGACCUCACCACCACUCAAUGCCACCUCACCGCCUGUCAGCAUAACCUCACCACUCAUCAAUAUGACCUCACCAGCCGUCAAUAUGACCUCACCACCACUCAAUGCCACCUCACCGCCUGUCAGCAUAACCUCACCACUCAUCAAUAUGACCUCACCAGCCGUCAAUAUGACCUCACCACCACUCAAUGCCACCUCACCGCCUGUCAGCAUAACCUCACCACUCAUCAAUAUGACCUCACCAGCCGUCAAUAUGACCUCACCACCACUCAAUGCCACCUCACCGCCUGUCAGCAUAACCUCACCACCCAACAGUAUGACCCCACCACCUUUCAACUCAACCUCACUGCCUGUCAACAUGACCUCACCACCUCUAAACAUGACCUCACCACCUUUCAAUUCAACCUCACCACCAGUCAAUAUGACCUCACCACCACCUGUAAACAUAACCGCACCACCAGUCAACAUGACUUCACCACCACCUGUAAACAUAGUAUCACCACCUGUCAACAUGACCUCACCACGUGUCAACAUGACUUCACCACCACCUGUAAACAUUACCUCACCACCAGUCAACAUGACCUCACCACCACUCAACAUGAUCUCAACACCACUCAACAUGACCUCACCACCAGUGAACACAACCUCACCACUUUUAAACAUGACUUCACCACUAGUGAACACACCCUCACCACCUGUAAACAUGACUUCUUCACCAGUGAACACACCCUCACCACCUGUAAACUUGACUUCACCACCACUCAAUGCAACCUCCCCGGUAGAAACUGGAACAUCAGGACAACCAGUUACAACAACUGGUCCAGCUACUACAUCAACACCUUCACAACCAAUAGAACCAAAGAUUGAGCUGGGAUUUAGUUUGCAGCAAAUGUUCAAACCAGAUCUGGCAAACAAAUCCUCACCAGCUUUCAAACAAUUACAGACGCAAGUCACCAACUCACUCAACAAGGUAUACUCACAAAGAUUUGGAGAUUCCUUCAAUCGAACUGAAGUCACAGGUUUCAGGCAAGGAUCUAUUAUGGUGACUGCUUUGCUGAUCUUCAAUGAUAUGCAAAUGCUGCCAAAUGAUAGCUCUGCAGUGGACGCUUUGACGACUGCUGCUGCAGACUCUAAUUUUUCCCUCCCUGUCAACACAUCAUCUAUUAGUGCAUCUGUUGUGUUGGCACCAACUCAAGCCCCUGCCACAGAUGCCCCUACAACAUUAAUGAGCACAACUUCUCCACCAGAAACCUCACCACUCAUCAAUAUGACCUCACCAGCCGUCAAUAUGACCUCACCACCACUCAAUGCCACCUCACCGCCUGUCAGCAUAACCUCACCACCCAUCAGUAUGACCCCACCACCUUUCAACUCAACCUCACUGCCUGUCAACAUGACCUCACCACCUCUAAACAUGACCUCACCACCUUUCAAUUCAACCUCACCACCAGUCAAUAUGACCUCACCACCACCUGUAAACAUAACCUCACCAUCAGUCAACAUGACUUCACCACCACCUGUAAACAUAGUAUCACCACCUGUCAACAUGACCUCACCACGUGUCAACAUGACUUCACCACCACCUGUAAACAUUACCUCACCACCAGUCAACAUGACCUCACCACCACUCAACAUGAUCUCAACACCACUCAACAUGACCUCACCACCAGUGAACACAACCUCACCACUUUUAAACAUGACUUCACCACUAGUGAACACACCCUCACCACCUGUAAACAUGACUUCUUCACCAGUGAACACACCCUCACCACCUGUAAACUUGACUUCACCACCACUCAAUGCAACCUCCCCGGUAGAAACUGGAACAUCAGGACAACCAGUUACAACUACUGGUCCAGCUACUACAUCAACACCUUCACAACCAAUAGAACCAAAGAUUGAGCUGGGAUUUAGUUUGCAGCAAAUGUUCAAACCAGAUCUGGCAAACAAAUCCUCACCAGCUUUCAAACAAUUACAGACGCAAGUCACCAACUCACUCAACAAGGUAUACUCACAAAGAUUUGGAGAUUCCUUCAAUCGAACUGAAGUCACAGGUUUCAGGCAAGGAUCUAUUAUGGUGACUGCUUUGCUGAUCUUCAAUGAUAUGCAAAUGCUGCCAAAUGAUAGCUCUGCAGUGGACGCUUUGACGACUGCUGCUGCAGACUCUAAUUUUUCCCUCCCUGUCAACACAUCAUCUAUUAGUGCAUCUGUUGUGUUGGCACCAACUCAAGCCCCUGCCACAGAUGCCCCUACAACAUUAAUGAGCACAACCUCUCCACCAGAAACCUCACAACUGGUCAACAUGACAUCACCACCACUCAAUGCAACCUCACCCCCCAUCAAUAUGACCUCACCAUCUGUCAACAUGACCUCACCACCACUCAAUGCCACCUCACCGCCUGUCAACAUGACCUCACCACCACCUGUAAACAUAACCUCAGCACCAGUCAAUAUGACCUCACCACCUGUCAACAUGACCUCACCACCACCUGUAAACAUAACCUCACCACCUGUCAACAUGACCUCACCACCACUCAACAUGACCUCACCACCACCUGUAAACAUAACCUCAGCGCCAGUCAAUAUGACCUCACCACCACCUGUAAACAUAACCUCACCACCUGUCAACAUGACCUCACCACCACUCAACGCAACCUCACCGCCUUUCAGCAUGACCUCACUACCUUUCAAUUCAACCUCACCACCUGUCAACAUGACCUCACCACCACCUGUAAACAUAACCUCAGCGCCGGUCAAUAUGACCUCACCACCUUUCAAUGCAACCUCAUCGCCUGUCAACAUGACCUCACCACCUCUCACAUCAACAGCUGCACCAACCCCAUUACAGACUGUGAAUAUUACAUCAGCUACUCCCAAUGCUACAGCUGGUCAAACUGCAGCUAGUGAGGGAACCCUGGGUCUUCAGUUUAGUCUCAACAAAACAUUUACAUCAGAUCUCUCUAACACAUCCUCCGCAGCGUUUCAGGCUUUAGCUUCAACAGUGGAGUCAGAGUUAAAUGAAGUGGGUGGCAGACUAUAUGGAUCAAGCUUUCUCCGCGCCAUAGUUAACUCAUUCAUGAGUGGAUCAGUGGUUGUCAGCUCAACCCUCACGUUCAAGAAUCAAAGUUCAGUUCCUGCAACAAAUACUGCUACCUCACAACUCAGCAGUGAACUAACUAGCAACUCAACUCUGAAUGUUUUAGCAGGCAGUGUGACUGCAGUUUCUUCAGCUGCCACUACCGCAGCUCCAACGGCAGCAACAACUGCUGCCCCUUCAACAUUAAUGAGCACAACUUCUCCACCAGGAACCUCACAACUGGUCAACAUGACCUCACCACCACUCAAUGCAACCUCACUGCCUGUCAGCAUGACCUCACUACCUGUCAAUAUGACCUCACCACCUUUCAGCAUGACCUCACUACCUUUCAAUUCAACCUCACCACCUGUCAACAUGACCUCACCACCACCUAUGAACAUAACCUCACCACCUGUCAACAUGACCUCACCACCACUCAACAUGACCUCACCACCACCUGUAAACAUAACCUCACCACCUGUCAACAUGACCUCACCACCACUCAACAUGACCUCACCACCACCUGUAAACAUAACCUCACCACCUGUCAACAUGACCUCACCACCACUCAACAUGACCUCACCACCACCUGUAAACAUAACCUCAGCGCCAGUCAACAUGACCUCACCACCACUCAACAUGACCUCACCACCACCUGUAAACAUAACCUCACCACCUGUCAACAUGACCUCACCACCACUCAACAUGACCUCACCACCACCUGUAAACAUAACCUCAGCGCCAGUCAAUAUGACCUCACCACCACUCAACAUGACCUCACCACCACCUGUAAACAUAACCUCAGCGCCAGUCAACAUGACCUCACCACCACUCAACAUGACCUCACCACCACCUGUAAACAUAACCUCACCACCUGUCAACAUGACCUCACCACCACUCAACAUGACCUCACCACCACCUGUAAACAUAACCUCACCACCUGUCAACAUGACCUCACCACCACUCAACAUGACCUCACCACCACCUGUAAACAUAACCUCAGCGCCAGUCAACAUGACCUCACCACCACUCAACAUGACCUCACCACCACCUGUAAACAUAACCUCACCACCUGUCAACAUGACCUCACCACCACUCAACAUGACCUCACCACCACCUGUAAACAUAACCUCAGCGCCAGUCAAUAUGACCUCACCACCACUCAACAUGACCUCACCACCACCUGUAAACAUAACCUCAGCGCCAGUCAAUAUGACCUCACCACCACUCAACAUGACCUCACCACCACCUGUAAACAUAACCUCACCACCUGUCAACAUGACCUCACCACCACUCAACAUGACCUCACCACCACCUGUAAACAUAACCUCAGCGCCAGUCAAUAUGACCUCACCACCACUCAACAUGACCUCACCACCACCUGUAAACAUAACCUCAGUGCCAGUCAAUAUGACCUCACCACCACUCAACAUGACCUCACCACCACCUGUAAACAUAACCUCACCACCUGUCAACAUGACCUCACCACCACUCAACAUGACCUCACCACCACCUGUAAACAUAACCUCAGUGCCAGUCAAUAUGACUACAGCUGGUCAAACUGCAGCUAGUGAGGGAACCCUGGGUCUUCAGUUUAGUCUCAACGAAACAUUUACAUCAGAUCUCUCUAACACAUCUUCCGCAGCGUUUCAGGCUUUAGCUUCAACAGUGGAGUCAGAGUUAAAUAAAGUGGGUGGCAGACUAUAUGGAUCAAGCUUUCUCCGCGCCAUAGUUAACUCAUUCAUGAGUGGAUCAGUGGUUGUCAGCUCAACCCUCACGUUCACGAAUCAAAGUUCAGUUCCUGCAACAAAUACUGCUACCUCACAACUCAGCAGUGAACUAACUAGCAACUCAACUCUGAACGUUUUAGCAGGCAGUGUGACUGCAGUUUCUUCAGCUGCCACUACCGCAGCUCCAACGGCAGCAACAACUGCUGCCCCUUCUGCAGCUGCCACUACAGGAGCUCCAACAGCAGCAACAACUGCUGCCCCUUCUGCAGCUGCCACUACAGGAGCUCCAACGGCAGCAACAACUGCUGCCCCUUCUGCAGCUGCAACUACCGCAGCUCCAACAGCAGCAACAACUGCUGCCCCUUCUGCAGCUGCCACUACAGGAGCUCCAACGGCAGCAACAACUGCUGCCCCUACUGCAGCUGCCACUACUGCAGCAACAACAGCUGCCCCUACUGCAGCUGCCACUACUGCAGCUCCACCGGCAGCAACAACUGCUGCUCCUUCUGUAGCUGCAACAACAGCUGCCCCUACUGCAGCUGCCACUACUGCAGCUCCACCGGCAGCAACAACAGCUGCCCCUACUGCAGCUGCCACUACUGCAGCUCCACCGGCAGCAACAACAGCUGCCCCUACUGCAGCUGCCACUACUGCAGCUCCACCGGCAGCAACAACUGCUGCCCCUACUGCAGCUGCCACUACUGCAGCUCCACCGGCAGCAACAACUGCUGCCCCUACUGCAGCUGCCACUACUGCAGCUCCACCGGCAGCAACAGAUUCUCCAACAUCCACUGAAGGGACUUUGGGUUUACAAUUUAGUCUCGACCAAACUUUCACAUCAGACCUCUCCAACCCAUCCUCAGCAGCUUUCCAGACUUUAGCUACAACGGUGGUCACAGAGGUAAACAGAGUGUGUACAGGGGUCUUUGGACCAUCUUUCAGACGCUCCAUUGUGAACUCAUUCACGAGUGGAUCAGUGGUUGUCGCCUCAACACUUGUGUUCAACAGUUCAAGCUCAGUACCUGCAACAAGCAGUGCAACUUCACUUCUCAGUAGUGAACUUACAAGCAACUCAACAUCCCUGAACAUUAUUGCUGGCAGUGUCUCUACACAGGCGACAUCAACAUCAAACAGUCUAAGGCCUACAAUGGGCUCAUUGGUAGUCCUAAUAGUAACACUGCUGACUGUGGCUCAGAUGCUGAUGGACUUGUAACCAGCACCAAUGGCAGAUUCACUGACUUAGGCAAUAGCUUGAUGCUAUAAAGUCGGAGGAAAAAAGAGCCAAAGGCACAAGAGGUGUACAUUAUGAAAGUUACCAGUACAAUGUCAUAUGGUAAAAAGAUGUGUACUGUUUGUCAAAUUCUGAAAGUUAUUUUCUUUCAUUUUAAUUUUACCUCUCUCAUUUAUUUAAAGAAAUACUCUAAAGGAUUGUAAGAUUAAAACUAUCAUGUUUGAGACUACUUUGCAUUUUUGUAGAACUUGCAAUUCUUUUUUUUGUAAACGCCUCUUUGUGUACUAUUUUUAUAUGGCACUGUGAGGACAUGUUUUAUUAAAUACCAACUAUUUAUUUUCAGUUAAAGGCAUGUCAAAACAUAAAUUGCUAGAUGCGAAUGAAGGAAGAACUGUGCAGUUGUAGUUUGUCAAGCCAAAAUAUUUGGGUGUGGCUGUUCAGUAGGAAUAUUGGUGGAGACCAAUAAUUCAUAUUAUAUUAUUAUUGUUUUUCAUCUGAAAACAAGUAUGCAGUUGGUAAAGAUUCAAAACAUAUUUUAACAUAGAGAUCUAACUACAACCAUGUUUUAGGAAGCUAAGGUUAACGGCAUAGCAGUUAAGUGAGUGCAAUAGUACUGUUGAGCAUAAUGUUUACAUUGAAUAAAAUGUCUGGUUUUGUACUUUUAAGUCAAUGAUGGCAAUUGGGUUACUGCUUGUCUAUAGAUUCCAGGUACAAUAAUAUCAUUUAGCAAAAUUACUUGUUUUAAUUCCCAGGUUGAAUAAAAUCCUUCUUCUUGAAUGUUUUUGAUAUUGGGGAUGAACAAGUGCAUUUUGUAUUCAUCAUUUAAGUAUAAAAUAUUGCCUUUAAAAUCACCAGUUGUUUUUUUCUAAUUUCUUACUUCUUUCUCUGUACUUAAAAGUAUUCACACCUCAACUUGAUGGCAAAUUAAACUAUUUAUAAGUAA